UGCAUCCCUUACGAAUGUGGGACAUUGGCUAUAGAACAGAACCACGAGCUUUUGUUUGAAGGUUCAUUACAUUCACCGUUUUCUCUCAACAUCUCUCUGCACAACUUUAAUUAUGAUACUUUGUAUUUCAAAGUAGAAACCUCAACAACUAAUUUGUCGGUCUUUCCACGCAAUGGCGCAGUAAACGAAAAUGACAGCACGGAUUUGAUCGUAAUUCGGAAACCACUAACUUUAACCGAUCCCAAUGCCAUCAACGAAACAAUCACAAUAUGGGAAUCCACGUCCAAUGAUAUACUUGAGCGGUACCCUGUCCAGAGAAAGUACACCGAAAUCAAAUGUGUGUAUAACACUCCAAAAACAACGUCGUCCGUCACUGAUUGCCAACGAUCAUUGCUCGAUGAUCCUCAAAGUCCUGGUUUCUAA